GAUGUUUUAGCAGAUCCAGUGUUGUUUCAUUCGAUCCUUGGACCACUCCUUCGCUGAUGAUGACUAAUGUGUACCAUUGCCGUGAUUCCUGGUAAGCUGAAGGCAGUGUGGAUUAUAGAUUGUCGGGCCUGGCAUAUGGACAGUUUGUAGCAGAGAUAAGUCAGUUUCAACAAAACAAGUUUACGACGUUGAGCGUGUAACACGUACUACUAACAGACCGCCAUUGUACAAACCCAAGUCAAGACAGUUGGGUGCCGAGGACCAAAUUGGAAAAUAGAGCGAUGGGUUUUUGUAAAAAGGGUGACAAGGGCAGUGCCCAGAUAACCAAGAAAGUUGAACUGAAGAAGCAAAUUACUCUUUUGCAAGGCGUGGCAAUUAUUAUUGGGAUAAUUAUCGGGUCCGGAAUCUUCGUAUCACCGGUAGGAAUUCUGUUCCACGUGCGCUCCGUGGGCAUGUCCAUGGUAAUGUGGGUGAUAUGCGGCAUCUACAACACGUUAUGUGCCCUGUGCUAUGCCGAACUCGGGGCCUCUAUACCCCAAUCUGGCGGGGAGUAUAUGUACAUCAAGAAAGCUUUCGGAGACUUCCCUGCCUUCAUUUGUCUCUGGAUAAACUUUCUUUUGAUCUGCCCAGUCGGCAUCGCGGCGGCAUGUUUGAUCUUCUCUACUUACCUGAUAAAGCCUAUAUUUCCUGAUUGUGACCCUCCCCAGCCGGCAGUAAGGCUUAUUGCGGCUGUUAUUAUAUGCUUUUUGAUCGCGAUCAAUAUGAGGAAUGUGAAAUGGGCCGCAAAGAUGCAGGUGGUGAUCACAGCGAGCAAACUCAUAGCCCUGGCCCUCAUCAUCGUUAUUGGCUUGUUGUAUAUAGGUCGAGGAGAAAUAGACAACUUUCAGAACUCGUUCGAUGACAGUGAUUACAGUGUAGGAGCCCUGGCCAUAUCAUUUUACUCUGGUUUCUGGGCCUAUAGUGGAUGGAGUUACCUGAAUUUUCUCACGGAGGAGCUAAUCAAUCCUAACAGGAACCUGCCCUUGGCUAUCAUCAUAUCCAUGUCUGUAGUAAUCACUGUGUACCUGAUUGCUAACGUGGCCUACCUUGGCGUCCUCACACCUAUAGAGAUGUUGGCAUCACCAGCUGUGGCUGUGACAUUUGCAGAGAAAACACUCGGUGUGAUGACGUGGGCCAUGCCCAUUUUGAUCGCACUGUCCGUCUGUGGGAUGAUCAAUGGCACAGCUCUCUCCAUGUCCAGGUUAUUUUGGGUGGGAGCCAGAGAAGGUCAUUUCCCAGCCCCGAUGUCUAUGAUCAACAUGAAACAGCUGACCCCUAUGCCAUCAUUACUUGUCAUUUUGAUUCUGUCAUUGCUGAUGCAGUCAUCCAAUGAUAUAUUUUACCUGAUAGAGAUGGAAGGUUUUGGCUUUGCCUCAGUGUUAACAAUAGUUCUGGCUGGGCAAGCCUGGCUGCGCUACAAACAACCUAAUCUCAAGAGGCCAAUAAAGUUGCCCAUUGUGUUGCCAAUCUUGCUGAGUCUGGUCAGCUUGUUCAUCGUGGUCCUUACUGUCUAUCAGAAGCCUCACGAGAGUGGCCUGGCCAUCGGAUUGGUCGGCAUUGGUGUAAUCGUUUAUGUGGUCGGGUGUCGGUGGAAGAAUAAGCCCAAGGCCAUCCAGGGGAAGAUUGACUGGGUGACCAACGUUAUACAGAAGUUACUGCUGGUUGUGCCCCAAGAUGACCCUGAUGCUGUGAACUGGGAUUAAGGCUGCGUACCAGAACAUUGGACAGUUUGAUAGAAUAAAGGAUGGUGGACCAGAAUAUGUGUUCGUGUACCAGAAGAUUGGAUGGUGUACCAGAACAUAGAUUUGUGUACCAGAGGAAUAAUGUACAAAAACAUGAAACUGUGUUCCAGAUAAGGGGAUCACAGGUAUGAAUGAUAUUUACCCAGGUCCAUAGUCAUUGGCUAUGCUCAUUUUACAUUUAAGUUUUCUGAGAAUAACAAUGCCUGCCCUCCAUAGGGCAAAGUCUAGAGGGGUGCAUGUAACACUCCAAACAUGUAAAACAGUUCCCAGAUUUGUGGCGACAUCUGGAGGACUUGACUUCAAGUACAUCCAACUUUAAUUGUUGUGGGAGUCCAUGAAUAGCCAGAAGACUCCAUUAAUUCAUCACUCAUUCACUCACUGCUCAAGACUCAAGAAACUGGAUGUUACAACGUCUGGUUUGUGGAUUUUACAGAAUCAUGCCAACUAUACAUCAAUAUUUUUUACAUUUCUCGUGAUAAUGUUAGCAUACUGUACCACGGUGAUCUCUGUCAUUCCAAGUAAGGGUUGUUUCAAUAUUGUCUGACAAGUGGUUGUUAGUUUUUAAAUUUGUUUAAAUAGGUUUAAAUGGAAAAAGGUAUGUUUUACUAUCGAAUAUAUUAUUACGGUCUUAAAACAGUUAUUUAUUCACAUUUGAAAACUUUUGAAAAAAAAAAAGACUUGCCUUUAUUAUUUCGAGAGAUGAAAACAAUUACACUUUGUGAUUGCUAUAUUUGCUUUUGUUUCUUGAGUAAUGAUGCUGUAAAUUAUUGCGACAGUUAUGAAAUGUGUAUUUCAAAUUUCCCAUAGCAGGUGAGCAGUCACUCAGCUGCUGAGAUGACUGAAUGAACUUACUGAUUUCCUUAUUACGUGUUGUAAUACGCAUUUGUGUAAAUCUGAAAAUAUAAAAAAUUAGGAGUCAGAAAUAUUAAGUAUUGAAAAGUGAAAGGAAAAAAAGAAGAAAAAUGGAGCUUAUGAAAAAAAUUUGUGUUAAUUUUCACUGACAUAUUCAUGCCUUUCAACAGUUUUGUGCAUCUAAUUGGGUUUUUUUCACUAAAAGCCUCAGCAUACAAUGUCCCUUUGCUGGAUUUUUGAUUCAGAUAAUAAAAUUUGACUUAUUUAUGAAUAUAUAUUGAAGUAAUUACUUGACACGUCUUUUCAAAUUACUCCACCCAGUCAAAUUUUAAUAUGUAUUAUUUUUUGGAUGACAGGAUUUUUUAUCAGUGUUUUUUCUGGACAGUAUAUUUGCUGGUACCAAGUAAGAAAUCAGCCUUGCCUUACAUACUAGAAGAUUUCAUUGCACUAUUUUCUUGGUCAUCACAAGUGUUUUAUUAAUCUCUUGUGGCUUCCAUUGUAAUCUUUGACAUGGUUGAGACCCAUCAUCUCUUG